AAAUAUGUGUAACAGAAUUUACUGAAGUUACAUCUGAACAUGAAGAUGAUUCUAAUAAUCAAUUUAAAAUUCCACGAAUUCAAUCAGACCUGAAACUUAAGAGUAGGCAAGAUGAAAAAACAAUCAUGAAUCCAAAUUUAGAAAUAACGUCAAAUAAUAUAACGGUACCUGUUCUUGUUAUAUCUAAAGCUGAUGAUGGAUUGGAAUCGGGAGAGAAAACAAGUGCAAGUGAUGAUCUUAGUGACUACUUUGUUGAUGCCGAGGAAUGGA